AUGCCCCUGUUGCCUGCUCCCUUUCGCAUCGGCCCCGAGCGCUCAGUUACCCCGCCCCCAGGCUCGCUCCUCCACCUUAGCCCCCCACCAUCAGGUAUCACCCGCCCCUUCCCUUUGCACCUGCUCGUCCCCCCACCCCCGAGCACUACCUCUACCACCAGAAGUGAGAGUAUGGCCUUGGCCUUUCCCUUUCCCCGCCCCAGAGCACGGCCCUCCCUUCCCUUUCAACCGUCGCCGCUAUGGCCCUCCUCCACUCACGCAGGGCUUUGCCCCGCCCCCAUGUCUCUCUGGUUCUAGGUGCUUUGCGCGAAGGAUUCUCAUUCGGUUGUCAUGGGGGAGCCAAGAUGGCGGCGCAGGCCUACGCGAUGGGCAGACGGGAAAUUAAUCAACACUUCAACAUCAGGAACGCCAAGCUCCUUGCCAUCAGCUUUGUGUUUAUCUUAACAGUUGGUCACGGGAUUCACCGGAGCUAUGGAGGUAAAGCAAUGAAAUGGUAUGGGGCGGGUUGCAUGGGCUCGCUGAUUGGUGCUGGUUUCCUUGGAGUUUGGAGGCUGAGGAGUGACCUUAUAGAGGUUUAUAAAAGUAGUGAAGUAAAGGACUGUCUUCUGAACAAAUACAUAGCUUUUGUAGGAGAUUCCAGAAUUCGGCAGUUCUUCUACUCCUUCAUUAAAAUUAUAAAUUCUGACAUUAAAGAAGAAGGCAACAAGCAUGAAAACAUUUCCUUUGAAGAUAGAAGCACUUCAUUGAAAGUUGAUUUUUUGUGGUACCCUGAAGUAAACAACUCCAUGAAAGAUUGUUUUAAAGCUUGGAAUGAGGGUGCUCAUCUCAAACCCCACCUUAUUGUGGUUGGUGCUGCUACAUGGUCAAUUAAGAUACAUAAUGGGAGUAUGGAAGCUCUCACCCAGUACAAAACCAAUCUUACAUUAAUUACACCUCUUCUGGAGAAGUUAGCAGAAACUAAUGACAUCUAUUGGGUCCUCCAAGAUCCAGUUUAUGAAGAUUUGCUAAGUGAGAACAGAAAGAUGAUCACGAAUCAGAGGAUUGGUUUAUACAAUGAUGUGACUUUAAGCAUUUUGAACAGCAGUACCAGAAAUAUGGCAGCCAAGGUCAAGAUCCUCAGAGCUUCCAAAUUAGUUGCAGAAGAAACUAUUGCAGAAUCUUUAGAUGGCUUGCAUUUACCUGAAACCACUCGAGACAUAAACGCUAUGAUUCUCUUGAAUUCCUACUGCAACAAGAUUGUGAAGCCCAUUGAUGGUUCAUGUUGUCUUCCCCGAUCUCCCCUUUCUCUAAUUCAGAAAUUGACUGGCUGCUUUUUCAUCAUUUGUAUUAUAAGCUUCAUAGUUGUCACUUACUUUUGUCAUAAUUGGUGGAAGAAUAAGCCUAGUACUGAUGUUGAGAGUGGAGAAGAGAAGAAACCUGCUACUGCUUCACUGUCCAAUUCCGAAAAGCUGCUGUUGUCCCUUUCUAAAUUAGGCCUGAUCAUGGGCUAUUUCUAUCUUUGUGAUAGAGCUGAUCUGUUCAUGAAAGAGCAGAAAUAUUACACACAUUCAACGUUCUUCAUACCGCUGGUAUAUAUUAUUGUGCUGGGAGUUUUCUAUUAUGAUAAUACAAAAGAGACAACUAUGCUGAACCGAGAGCAGACAGAUGAAUGGAAGGGUUGGAUGCAGCUAAUUAUACUAAUAUAUCAUAUAUCAGGAGCAAGUACUUUUUUACCUGUGUACAUGCAUGUUCGUGUUCUUGUGGCGGCAUACCUGUUUCAAACAGGUUAUGGACAUUUUUCUUUCUUUUGGAAAAGCGGGGAAUAUGGAAUCUCUCGCAUUUGUCAGAUAUUAUUUCGUCUGAAUUUCUUAGUGGUGGUGCUGUGCCUCGUAAUGGAUCGACCAUAUCAGUUCUAUUACUUUGUUCCCUUAGUAACAUUUUGGUUCAUGGUUAUUUACGUCACACUAGGCAUUUGGCCACAGACUGGAAAGAAAGAAGAAAACGGUUCUUGCUCCCCCUAUUGGGCUGUGGUAUUCAAACUGCUUGGUUUGUUUUUAUGUAUAUGCCUACUUGCAACUUCUCAGAGUUCUUUCGAAAAUGCCUUUUCAGUGUGGCCAAUUUCAAAGCUAUUUGAAUGGCAAGGAUUCCUUCAUGAAUGGUGGUUUCGAUGGAAGUUAGAUCGCUUUGCAGUCCUACAUGGUAUGGUAUUUGCCUUCCUUUAUAGUAUAUUAAAGAAAAAUCAUCUGCUUUCUGAAGGCAAAGGAGAGACAUUGUUUGCACCUAGGUUGUCGUCUUUCUUUCUUUUCACAUCAGUAGUUGUAUUUUUGACUUAUUCAAUAUGGUGUGCCAACUGUAAAAACAAAACUGAGUGCAAUGAACUUCAUCCUUACUUCUCUGUGUUGCAGAUCUUAUCUUUCAUUCUUAUUAGGAACAUUCCUGGUUAUGUUCGUUCUGUGUACAGUUCGUUUUUUGCCUGGUUUGGCAAGAUUUCCUUGGAACUUUUCAUAUGCCAAUAUCAUAUCUGGCUUGCAGCAGAUACCAAAGGAAUCCUCGUGCUCAUUCCCGGCAACCCAGUGCUCAACAUUAUCAUCAGCACUUUUAUUUUUGUGCUAGUUGCUCACGAAAUCUCUCAGAUCACAAAUGAUCUUGUACAGAUAGCCAUUCCCAAAGAUAAUUAUGUUGCACUGAAAAGACUGCUGUGUGCAACAGUGUUUUUAUUGGCGCUUCUCACAUUGUCAACUGUUGAACAAUUGAACAAGUAACUGAAAUAAUGACUGAGGAGGCUCCAGUACCUAUUUUGACUUUCAUAUUUAAUAAAGAAAAAACCUCAAAGAAUUGUGUAUUGAGAGGAAGAAAGCUUAAAGUCUGUGCAACACUACGAUUCUUCAUAAUAUCAAAUCUGAAGAAAACAUACUGAUGUAAAUAGACAUGAUGAAAAUGUUUGGUUACAUUAUGAUCGAUUUGAAAGCCACUAAGUAUUGGGAUAAUUGAUGGAGUGACUACUGAAACGGUAGCAUCUUUUGAUAUGCUAUUUCACGAGAUUUUCUAUUUGGGUAUACAGUAUUUCUUUGGCACCUGUUGGUUAUGAUGUGACUUCCAGUUCAAAUAUUCCAUAUUUUCACUUAAUUUCUUCAACUGUAAUUAGUCCAAUUUUAUGAAGACAGCAUUUUGGGAUAUCUACUGACGUAAAGUUUGGUCCUUGAUAUCUUUAGGUAUCUAUUCACUGAAAAUUAAUUCUCUGAUGCUGAGGAGUUUGACAUGUUUUAUUUUCCUCUAUCCCUAUGCUGUGAUGUUGGGCAAAGUAACUUUCUUUCAUAGUUCACGUAUAGGUGCAGUAUAAAAAAAAUUAAUAUCACUCUGGAGCACUGACAAAAUGAAUAGACUGGGAGUUUGUUCACUGAAUUAUUCCUGACUUGAAAGAGAUAUGUUGGUUGUUACCUGUGAUUGUAGUAUUGCAUUACUGGAAAAAUUAGGCUGCCAACAAAUUUCAACCACUGCUAACACUCAUCUACUGUUUCAUUUCUCCCUUUUAAAGAAAGGAAAACAUUUUACUUUAUUGUGAAAUAAAUGGUUAAUUCUCAAAGUAAGUACAUUCACCAGUUUAAAACUCCUAAUUUGAAGUGUUGUCAAUAUGGACUGAAACACUGAUCUAAUUAUAGACUCCUGCUCCGUGUGCAAGUGAAGUAGCCAACAACUUGUAAAUUUAGUUAGUACGAUUUAAUGACCAGUUCCAGUGUUUGUGGCCAUUUAAACCUGUAUGAUAAAUUAUGUUUUAUGAUUGUUAGAUUAUAUUAGCUCUUACUAACAGUGCGCUAAAAUUUGUUUAUUAGUUUUUUUAAAAAGACAAACGUACUUGCUGCUACAAUUUAGGCAUUUUAAAAGUUUUGUAGCAGGAAGAAAGGGAAGAAGAGGCGCUAAGGAUUUAUUACACAUUUAAGUUCACUGACUAUUUCCUAAAUCAGACUUGCACUGCAUUUCACAAGUUAAUUCAUGUAAAAAACCUGAUUUGUGUUUUGAACAAAUGGCCAUACUGAAUGCUUUAAACUCAUCUUGUUUAUGGAUUUUUAAAAUAUCGAUAUGUUCUCUCUAAUGUCAGAUAUAUUUGUAGGAAACUGUCAGGUAACUUAUUGAUGCCAAAUUCUUAUUCACCUGAUUAGAUUUUAACCAUUUUCAUUAGUCAAAUUGCUCAAGAGUAUGAAAUAGUUGAGUAUGAUUUUUGAUAUGCAAGGUGCCAUAAAUCAUUGUUACUGAUAUCUAUUUAAAUCAUGGUAACAUUUCUGCCUUAAUUUGUCAGAUUUACAAACCCUGCAGUAUGUUAUUUUUCACUUAAUUCUUUUCAUGUGAAUUAUCUUUGAAUUUCAGCACAUCUGCAUAUUUAGUAGUAAACACUUGAAGUUGUAGAACUACUUUUCAAAUUACACAUACUCAUGGUGGAGAUCUUGCAGUGUGACUGCACAAGAAAAUGUUUUUGAGGAAUUCUGUGCUUAAGUGCCAUUUUAACCCAUCUUACUACGAUAAAGAUGAGAUAUCAAAAUCAGGAGCACUCAAAAUAGUAUCCUUUCUAAUUUAUCAAGAUUUUUAAAAAUUAGUUCUUAAAAUUAAUGAAUUUCACAUAACAUUCCUUCCCUUCUCUCCAGUUGAUGUGUGGUAAAGGUGCUUUAGCAUUGAGAAUAGCCAAACUAGAAGAUUCUAGAUUUGACUGAAGACUAGAUGUACUGAUUUCAUUGUGAUCGGUACAACAUUCCUUAGUAACAUUAACUAUUUCCUCUUGGAAAGUGUGCUUAAUACUUUGGUAAUAGUUCAAAACCACAUGAAGCAGGACCUUGUUGGCAAGGUACCGUGCAACUGUGCCCAGCAUCUUAUAUAUUGAGCAGGAAUUUAAUCUUUUCAGACAUGUAUCAAAGAUUUCCUCAUUUUGGAGGAAGGUGAUAGGCGGGGGAAAUUGAGUUUCUCAGUGCAAUCAGUCAAAUUUUUCGUAUUGUUCAUACUGUUGUUUGUGAAUCCCACAUUUGGUUGGGCUUUAUUUAUUUUACUAAAUUGUUAAUUUUUCUGAAAAUCUAUGAAAUCAAUGACCUGAGUAACUUUUUGCACUAAGAAUUUCAUUUUGUAAUAUUCCAAUACUCGCACGUGCUUUUCUUUGUAACAUGUUUUGUUUGUGAAUGAUUUCUGUAGCCUUCAGAACCUUUGGGUCACCAGAACUGGAGUGAUUUUGUAUGUUCCUUUCUGUUUGUUAAACUUCAUUUUGAAAUGAUGGCUUGACUGAAGAAUUUACUGCACUUAAUCGGGAUUUCAGGCUUGAAUAAAUUCCUACAGUUACAGAAAUUAAUAUAAGUCCAGUAUAAUGUAAUUCCAAAUGUUAAUCUUUGACAGUUCUUAUUGCACUCGGAGUCACAUCUUUUUAGUACCACAUUUAUAUUUGAGUUCUUGCAGUAUUUCAGGUCAAUCAUAUUUUGUGUAUAGAUUAACUUUUUUCUGUUUUUGAGAUUUUGCACUUAUGAAGAGCUGUGAGACUGUGGUAAGUUUAUAAUUGAACAGUUUUUCCUGAAACAGCUGAGUGCUAGUUAAAAUGUUCUGAACUGAGUUUCAUUUACAAUUUAGUGUUGUUUGUAAUGGAUUUCCUAGGUAGUUUGAGAUGUGAAAAUUUAAUGUUGUAGUGUUUAAAAACAAAAUUUAUAUUUUGUACAGUUUUUAAUCGUGAAUUCUUUAGGAUUGUUUUGCAGAUUUAUGGAAUUGAUUUUUUUUGUGGUUUUGUUUAAAAACUAAAAAAUUAUGUUAUAAAGCUACAGUAUCAUUCAGUGAUGUUUACUCUUAAAUUGUAUGGAAGAUUUUCACCUGGUUUCAUGAUUGAAUUCAGUUUCUCUUUACAUUUAUUUAAUUUCUGGGCCACAUGUAAAAUAACUGGCUAUGAUAAGCAUAAAUAAAUUGGUCUGACUUAUGGAAAUUGAGGAAUGCAUGAUGUUUAAAUUUUUUCCAAUGUGUUUGUAGUUUGAUUUGUGUUUAGUGGUUUGCUAAGCCACUAACUGUUCAAAUGUGUACCUCGUAUUGAACGUGUCAAACCUAAAAUAAAUUUCCCAUGUUUUGUACGUUUA